AUGGCCGGUAAUGUUGAGGCAUGGACCUUGUUGUCCUUGGCUCUGGUAAUUAUCCUCGUACGUAUCGUGGUACGAUGGAAGCUAGUUGGACCAGCCAAUUUCCAACUGGAUGAUUAUCUCAUGCCAUUGGCGGGGAUCCUCUUUGUACUGGAAACAGUAGCAGCGUACCUUGUCGGUGCCAAAUUCCAAGGCCUGACUAAUAGCUACAUGACGCCUGAGCAGCGAGCAGCGCUCGAUCCCAAUUCGACUGAAUGGUCUAAUCGUGUUGCUGGAUCUAAGAUUCAGGUCAUCGGGUGGUCAUUAUACGUGGCUAUUCUUUGGCUAGUCAAAUUCAGCUUGGCAGUCUUCUACUCUCGAUUAACGACUGGCCUGCAACACCUCCCCACCCGAGUGCGGCUGGGAUAUAUCAUUCUAGGUGUGACAUACCUUGCAACAGCGUUAUCCCUCCUGCUAUCAUGCCAGCCCUUCCAUGCGUUUUGGCAGAUUAAUCCUGAUCCUGGCAAUCUCUGUCAACCAACCAAAUCUUACGUUUAUGUUUUUGUCGUCGUGGUACUCAACGUGCUCACGGAUGUCUACCUUCUCUCAAUCCCACUUCCCCUUCUCUGGACUGUCAAUCUCAACCUGAAACGAAAAAUCCCCCUCAUGAUUCUCUUCUCUGGAGCUACGUUUGUCAUGCUAGCGGGAAUCAUUCGGGCCGCUACGAUUAUGAAGUCCAGCCCAGAUGGUGCCGAAUCAGGCUCUCAAUGGGCCUGUCGUGAAACCUUCGUCUCAAUCGUUGUUUCUAACCUGCCCAUCAUCCAACCACUUAUUCGCAAGGGUUUCAGGAAGAUCGGUCUCUCCCAUGUCUUCAGUUCCUCAGGAGGAAAGGCAUCAGGACAGCCAUAUCCUCUUUCGAGUCGAGGUUUGCAGACCUUGACAAACCGUGGCGAAUGCGAUACCAAGAAGGGUAAGACAAGUGCUGCUGCGCCGUCACAUAUGCAGGCUUCCGCGUGGGGCAGCGAUGAGCAUAUCCUAGCUGAGCCCGAACCUUCCUCCAAGGAUAUUACUGUUGUCUCGGAGACUGUCGUGCAGAGUGAGCCAUGGACCUUCCAGGAAGGGUCUGGUGUGGGUAGUUCGACAACGCCCCCAAAGGAGUGGAAUAGUCAGUUGUCGCAUCGAUGA